AUGAGCGAGUCUCGCAUUGAGAUCGAGGAUCUCACCGUCCUCUGGACGGAUCUCGCCCUCUCCGACGACGAGGAGAGGGCCCCGGCCGCCCCGCCGCCGUCAACGUCGCCACCACCAGCGACGCCACCGCCGACGUCACCACCGACGUCACCGCCGACGUCACUGUCAAUGUCACCGUCGCUACCACCAGCGAGCACACCGCCGCCGUCGCCAAGGCCACCGAAUCCCCAAGUUCCAGCAAGGGGGACUAGGAUACAGCGGUCUGACACGACGCAGCGCCGUAAAGCGGUGCUGCUUACGGCUCCCGCUGCCCCUACCACCCGGGCGCCGAGGACGUCAGACAAAGGCACUGGCAGAAACUACAAGGGCUACCACCCGCCCCACACGGCCGCCGACGACUCCGCCGCCGCAACGACCGCCGCCGCAGCAACGGCCACCGCCGCACCGGCCGCCACCACCGCCGCAACGGAUGCCACCGCAACCGCAACGAGCAGCAGGGACGCCUCUCCCCCCGACGACGCGACCACCCUCGGGUCCGACCCCCGUCCGACCACCGAGAUUACUCCGACCGGUCGGCCCGAGGCCACCGCCGCCGGACCUCGUCGAGGUGGAGCCCGGCGUCCACAAACUCAUCCCCCACUCGGCCGUCCACAUCAGCCGCCGCUAUCGCCUCCUAACACCAGAGGGACGCUGGAUGCUGCGAUUCCACACGGACGACCAGUUCCGGUUCAGCCGCCGCCUACCGGACGACCCCUCUGCUAG